CGCGCUGCGGAGGCUCCAAGAUGGCGACGGCCGCAGUUCCUCCUGCUGCAGCCUCCCCACCUCUGCAGUCCGGCGGCGCCUGCAGGGACUCCCGCUAGAGCCAGGCAAAGUUUGACUGUCGUGGAUACUAUUUAAAUAGAAGAAGUUGCUGCAGGAUGAAAAGAUGGCAGCUCCGCUUAUGGCACCACCUGGCCCUGACAGCUUCAAGGCAUUUACUCGUGAAUCGCUGGCUGCCAUUGAAAAACGUAUAGCCGAAGAGAAGAAAAAAAAGCCAGCAAAGGCAGACAGUAGCCACAGAGACGAUGAUGAUGAAAAUGGAGCAGCACCAAACACUGACCUGGAAGCAGGCAAAAAUUUGCCAUUUAUCUAUGGCGAUUUUCCUGGGAAACUUAUUGCUCAGCCAAUCGAAGACUUAGACCCUUUUUAUUUAAACAAGAAAACCUUUAUAGUAUUAAACAAAGGAAAAACAAUCUUCAGAUUUAGUGCCACACCUGCCAUGUAUAUUUUAAGUCCUUUUAACCCAUUUAGGAAAAUAGCUAUUAAAAUUUUGAUACAUUCAGUAUUUAGCAUGAUCAUUAUGCUCACUAUUUUGACCAACUGCGUAUUCAUGACAUUUAGUAAUCCCCCAGAAUGGUCUAAGCAAGUGGAGUACACCUUCACCGGAAUUUAUACAUUUGAAUCACUUGUAAAAAUGAUUGCAAGAGGUUUUUGUAUAGAUAGUUUUACAUUUUUGCGGGAUCCAUGGAAUUGGUUAGAUUUCAGCGUUAUUAUGAUGGCAUAUGUGACAGAGUUUGUGGACCUUGGGAAUGUCUCAGCGCUGAGAACAUUCAGAGUUCUCCGAGCUUUGAAAACUAUCUCUGUCAUUCCAGGUUUGAAGACCAUUGUGGGUGCCCUUAUUCAGUCUGUGAAGAAACUGUCAGAUGUAAUGAUUUUGACAGUGUUUUGCCUCAGUGUCUUCGCUUUAAUCGGUCUACAGCUUUUCAUGGGUCAUUUAAGACGGAAAUGUGUUGUUUGGCCAAUCAACCUGGAUGAGCAGUAUUUGGCCAAUGGCAGCAAAGGUUUUGACUUUGAUGAAUACACGAACAAUGAUACAAACUUUUACAAACCGCAUGGAGCCAUAGAUCCAUUACUUUGUGGUAAUAGCACAGAUGCUGGGCAAUGUCCAGAGGGAUACACUUGCAUGAAAGCAGGCAGGAACCCCAACUAUGGCUAUACAAACUUUGAUACCUUUAGCUGGGCCUUUCUAGCCUUAUUUCGCCUUAUGACUCAGGAUUUUUGGGAAAACCUGUACCAGCUAAGUCUGCGUGCUUCUGGGAAAACCUACAUGAUCUUCUUUGUUUUGGUCAUCUUUGUUGGCUCAUUUUACCUGGUGAAUUUGAUCCUGGCUGUGGUGGCCAUGGCUUAUGACGAACAAAAUCAGGCAACUUUGGAGGAGGCGGAACAGAAGGAAAAUGAAUUCAAAGCAAUGUUGGAACAACUGAAGAAAAUUCAGGAAGAACAGGCAGCAGCAAUGGCCACCUCAGCUGGUACUGUUACUGAAGAUGCUGUGGAGGAUGACGAAGCAGAUGCAAGGAUGUCUCAGACUUCUUCAGAGUUUUCCAAGCCAAGUUCUAAAAGUGCUAAGGAAAGAAGGAAUCGUAGAAAGAAGAGAAAACAAAAAGAAUUGUCUGAAGGGGAGGAGAAAUGCGAUAAUGAGAAGGUUUACAAAUCAGAAUCAGAAGAUGGCAUGAGAAGAAAAGGUAUUUGGUAUCCUGACAAUAGGCUGGGAAGAAAAUUUUCAAUAAUGGAUCAGUCUUUGCUAAGCAUCCCAGGCUCUCCCUACCUGUCCAGACACAACAGCAAAAGCAGCAUCUUUAGUUUUCGGAGAAGUUUCAGAGAGCCUGAGACUGAAAAUGAGUUUGCAGAUGAUGAACAUAGCACGGUGGAGGAAAGUGAAGGCCGAAGAGACUCUUUAUUUUUACCAGUCAGAGGUCACAACCGGCGUAACAGUUACAACAGUGGAUACAGUCAGGGCAGUCGGUCCUCCCGCAUCUUUCCAAACCUGCGAAGGAAUGUGAAACGCAGCAGUGCAGUGGACUGCAAUGGCGUGGUGUCAUUAAUUGGUGGUCCUGGCGCCAAUAUUGGUGGACGUCUUCUGCCUGAGGUGAAAAUAGAUAAGGCAGCUACUGAUGACAGCCCUUCAACAGAGGUAGAAAUAAAAAAAAAGCCUCCAGGGUCUUCUCUUCGGGUGUCAAUUGACCAGCUGAAUGCAUCAUUUGGAAAGAAGAACAGAGCUAACAGUGUUAUUAGUGUCGUGACACAGACUCUUGUGGAAGAACUGGAAGAAUCUCAGCGGAAGUGUCCACCUUGUUGGUACAAGUUUGCAGACACUUAUUUGAUAUGGACAUGUUGCCCUCUGUGGAUACGGAUCAAGACAGCAGUAAACUCGUUUGUAAUGGAUCCUUUUGUGGACUUGGCCAUAACCAUCUGUAUUGUCCUUAAUACUUUAUUCAUGGCAAUGGAACACUAUCCAAUGACAGAGCAUUUUGAAGGUGUUUUAUAUGUAGGAAACUUGGUGUUUACUGCAAUUUUUACAGCUGAAAUGUUUUUGAAGUUGGUUGCAAUGGAUCCAUAUUAUUACUUUCAAGAGGGCUGGAACAUUUUUGACAGCUUUAUAGUGAGUCUUAGUUUAAUUGAGAUGGGCCUUCAGGGUGUGGAAGGCCUUUCGGUGCUACGUUCUUUUCGACUGCUGAGAGUCUUCAAGCUGGCCAAGUCCUGGCCUACUUUAAAUAUGCUUAUUAAAAUCAUUGGAAACUCUGUUGGUGCCCUCGGUAACCUGACCGUUGUCUUGGCCAUUAUUGUCUUCAUUUUUGCUGUGGUGGGAAUGCAGUUAUUUGGCAAAAGUUACAAGGAUUGUGUCUGCAAAAUACACCCAGAUUGUAUACUACCAAGAUGGCACAUGAAUGAUUUUUUCCACUCGUUCCUUAUUGUCUUCCGUGUUUUAUGUGGAGAAUGGAUUGAAACCAUGUGGGACUGCAUGGAGGUCGCCGGACAAGCAAUGUGUCUAGUUGUCUUCAUGAUGGUCAUGGUUAUUGGUAACUUAGUGGUGUUGAACCUGUUCCUUGCUCUGUUACUGAGCUCAUUCAGCGCUGACAAUCUAGCAGCCACUGAUGAUGAUGGAGAAAUGAACAACCUCCAAAUAGCUGUCAUUCGGAUUAAAAAAGGCAUUGCCUGGAUUAAACUACAUGUCCACAACUUCAUACAAACACACUUUAAGAAGAAGGCUGGUGAUGAGAAACCUUUAGAUGACAUGUAUGAGAAGAAGAAUUGCUUGGUAAAUCACGCCGGAGUUGAUAUCACUCGAGAGAUGGAGUAUCAGAAGAAUGGAAAUGGCACUACCAGUGGUAUUGGUAGCAGUGUGGAAAAGUAUUUGAUAGAUGAAGAUCAUAUGUCAUUCAUCAACAACCCAAACCUCACCGUCAAAGUGCCCAUCGCAGUAGGAGAGUCAGAUUUUGAGAAUCUUAACACAGAGGAUAUUAGCAGUGCAUCAGAUGACGAAAGCAAAGAUAAACUGUAUGACACAAGUUCUUCAGAAGGAAGUACCAUUGAUAUAAAACCAGAAGUAGAGGAAGUUCCAGUGGAACAGCCAGAAGAAUACCUGGAUCCAGAUAACUGCUUUACAGAUGGUUGUGUGGCACGUUUCAAGUGUUGUCAAGUCAGUGUAGAAGAGGGCUUUAACAAGUCAUGGUGGACUCUGCGAAAAACCUGUUUUCUGAUAGUGGAGCAUAACUGGUUUGAAACCUUUAUCAUCUUCAUGAUUUUGUUGAGCUCUGGUGCUCUGGCUUUUGAAGAUAUCUACAUAGAACAACGCAAAACCAUUAGAACAAUUCUCGAGUAUGCGGACAAAGUUUUUACUUAUAUUUUCAUCUUGGAGAUGUUAUUGAAGUGGUUGGCUUACGGAUUUGUCAAGUUCUUCACAAAUGCCUGGUGCUGGCUGGACUUCCUCAUUGUUGCUGUCUCUGUAGUAAGCCUUAUAGCUAAUGCCCUGGGCUACUCGGAACUAGGUGCCAUUAAGUCCCUUAGGACCUUAAGAGCUUUGAGACCCCUAAGAGCCUUGUCACGAUUUGAAGGGAUGAGGGUUGUAGUCAACGCUUUGGUUGGAGCUAUCCCCUCAAUUAUGAAUGUAUUGCUGGUCUGCCUUAUAUUUUGGCUGAUUUUCAGCAUCAUGGGUGUCAACUUGUUUGCUGGCAAAUACUACUACUGUUACAAUGAGACAGCAGAAGACAGAUUUCUCAUAGAGGAUGUAAACAAUCGAACAGAAUGUGAAAAUCUCAUAAAUAUGAACUAUUCUGAAGUCAGAUGGAAAAAUGUAAAGAUUAACUUUGACAACGUUGGGGCUGGAUACCUUGCAUUGCUUCAAAUAGCUACGUUUAAAGGAUGGAUGGAUAUUAUGUAUGCAGCAGUAGACUCUAGGAGGGUCACAGAACAGCCAAAAUAUGAGGACAACAUCUAUAUGUAUAUCUACUUUGUCAUUUUCAUCAUCUUUGGGUCCUUUUUCACCCUUAAUUUAUUUAUUGGUGUCAUCAUUGAUAACUUUAACCAACAGAAGAAAAAGUUUGGAGGUCAGGAUAUCUUUAUGACAGAAGAGCAGAAAAAAUACUACAAUGCUAUGAAGAAACUGGGCUCAAAGAAACCUCAGAAACCCAUCCCUAGGCCAUUGAAUAUGUGCCAAGGUGCCAUCUUUGAUUUGAUCACCCAGCAAGCAUUUGAUAUAAUCAUCAUGAUUCUCAUCUGUCUGAACAUGGUCACCAUGAUGGUGGAAACAGAUGAUCAGACUGAUUAUGCUGAGAACGUCCUGUAUUGGGUUAACGUGGUUUUUAUUGCCUUUUUUACCACGGAGUGUGUGUUAAAGCUGUUUGCACUAAGACAUUACUACUUUACCAUCGGAUGGAAUAUUUUUGACUUUGUUGUAGUAAUUCUUUCAAUUGUUGGUAUGUUCCUGGCUGAUUUGAUUGAAAAGUACUUUGUGUCACCAACACUCUUCAGAGUCAUUCGUUUGGCUCGAAUUGGCCGUAUACUUCGCUUAAUCAAAGGAGCCAAAGGAAUUCGAACCCUGCUUUUUGCCUUAAUGAUGUCAUUGCCGGCCUUGUUUAAUAUCGGCCUGCUACUGUUUCUCGUUAUGUUUAUAUUUUCAAUAUUUGGAAUGUCGAACUUUGCUUACGUGAAGAAAGAAGCAGGAAUAGAUGACAUGUUCAACUUUGAGACUUUUGGCAAUAGCAUGAUUUGUUUAUUUCAAAUCACUACCUCUGCUGGCUGGGAUGGCUUGUUAUUACCCAUCUUAAACCGCCCCCCAGACUGUGAUCCUAAGAAGGAGAAUCCAGGAAGUCCGAUGCAAGGUGAUUGUGGAAACCCCUCUGUAGGAAUCUUUUUCUUUGUCAGCUAUAUCAUCAUCUCCUUUCUCAUUGUAGUAAACAUGUACAUUGCUAUAAUCCUAGAAAAUUUUAGCGUUGCCACAGAAGAGAGUGCAGAUCCUCUAAGUGAGGAUGACUUUGAAACAUUUUAUGAAAUUUGGGAGAAAUUUGAUCCCGAUGCCACCCAAUUUAUCCAGUUCGGUAAACUCUCAGAUUUUGCUGAUGCCUUGGAGCAUCCAUUGAGAGUUCCCAAGCCAAACACAAUUGAACUUAUUGCCAUGGAUUUGCCUAUGGUGAGUGGUGACAGAAUCCAUUGUUUAGAUAUCCUCUUUGCCUUCACCAAACGUGUGCUUGGAGAGAGCGGGGAGCUCGAUAUGUUGCGGCAGCAAAUGGAAGAGCGUUUUGUAGCUUCCAAUCCUUCAAAAGUGUCUUAUGAGCCCAUCACUACUACGCUCAGGCGCAAACAGGAGGAUGUAUCAGCUGUACUUAUACAGCAGGCCUACAGACGCCAUUUAACCAAACAAGGUUUUGUUUGCAGAAAACCUUCGUCAACUAAAAUGGAAAACGGAGGAACAAAUAUGGACAGAAAAGAAGGCACCCCUUCUACAGCAUCGUUGCCAUCAUAUGACAGUGUAACUAAACCCGAAGUGGAAAAACAAGAAAGAAUACAAGAAGCAAUGAGAGAGAGAGCAAAAAGACAAAAAUCUGUCAGGGAAUCCAAGUGAUGAACAAAAUGUUAGUAUUUCUCAUUUGCAAGCAAAGAUUGUUUACAAAUUUAAUAAUUAUAUCAAUGCAGAUCAGCUAUGGAGACACUUUUCUGAAGAUCAAUACCAAACAAUCUGCUUAAUAUGACAUUGUUGCAUUUUAAGGCAGUGACGCACCAUCUGGAUAAAGGACAAACACAAGGAAGUUGUACUGCAUGUCUCCCAUCAACCAAUGCAACUUAGGAGAAGCGAGAAGAGCUGCGAGGAAUAGUCCAAUUCCAGUGCAGCCAGAGGGAGUUUAUUUUCUCAUAUUAUUCUGAAAAAAAAAAUCAGAAAAAGCACCACUUAGGGAUGUGAUUAUUCAUGCAAAACUAUAUUUGCAUUGUUACCUUAGUCAAGCAGCAAAACAAGACAAAAUUUAAAAAAACACAAAAUCUGGGGGGAAACAAAAAAAAAAACAUUAAGCCCAUGCCACGUAUUUGUCACAAUUUAUUUGAUAUAUCUGCAUAAUUUUUCUAUGGGCUUCAUGUGAUUCGGGAGAUGGGAAAAUCGGGUUAUUUUUCUGGCUGAAGGGCAUUUGCUCAGGCCAAUUCCAAAAA